AUGCCUUUUGCCCUUUUUGUCGAAGUACAUCAUCACGGACAGUCGAUACUGCUUGGAUGUGGGUUGCUAUCAAAUGAGGAUACAGAUACAUUUGUUUGGCUGUUCAGAACAUGGUUGUUGUGGAUGCAUGGUCAAGUUCAUAACAGAACUAUUACCGAUCAAGAUAGGGCUACAUAUAAUGCAAUUCAGAUUUUCGUUGAAGAGUUUGAGAGAGGUUGGGAAUUGAUGAUUGAUACAUAUAACUUAUACGACAAUGAAUGGUUGUCCAGUUUGUAUGAGAAUAGAGGUCGAUGGGUGCCAUAUUAUUUAAAAACAUCUUUCAGGGUGGGGAUGCCAACUACUCAGCACAGUGAGAGUGUAAAUGCGUUCUUUGACAUGGUGCUGGGUGCAAUGCUAUAUGUAAUGGAAAAGCAAGUUCAGGCAGUGUAUACUGUGAUGUCAUAUCUGGGUCUAACGGGUGUUCGAGGAGGACGUACGAGGUCGAGGAGGACGUCGUUUAUGAAGAGAAGGCGAGGAAGAAAAAAAUUCACCGUGUGGUUUCGUGCAGAGAUGUGCGAUAUUGUUUGCGGUAGUCAUUUCUUUGAGUUUCGAGGAAUUCUGUGUAGACAUGCCAUAUCAGUGUUGAUGAUUAACGACGUCACAUCACUGUCGGACCCUUACAUAUUGAGAAGAUGGAGGCAAGAUAUUUGUAGAGCUCACACAAGAGUGUCAAUGAACUAUGCUGAUUUGAUUAGCACUCCUGAUCAGUUGAGAUAUGAGAAACUGUGA